AUGCCGGUAGACGAAUUUGACUACACACCAGCCCUCACGGCAAACGAGAUUGUAGCAUCUCUCAUCCGCAAUGGCGGCUGUAUCCUCCGCAACUUCAUAACCGAUUGUCAAAUUCUCGACACAAUUGAAAAAGACGUUCGUCCACAUAUCGAUGCUGACCGACCUUGGCAAGGAGUCGACUUCUUUCCCCCGGAAACUCGUCGUGUCAUGGGCUUGGUUGGUAAGUCCCGUGCCUUUACUGAUGCCAUCCCUGCGAAUAAACUCUACCGCAAUAUUUGCUCCCAACUUCUCUCCUCGACUUAUAAAGCUUGGUACGGCUAUCAGCUGGACAGUACAGUCUCGGAACCUCAGCUGAGCAACACCAUCGUCUUCUCUAUCGGCCCCGGCGCCAAGCGUCAGGAGCUGCACCGUGACGACUCGAUUCAUCAUAAUAAUCUGCCAGAGUUGCAGAGCCACCAUGACUACCGCAUUGGGAGGGACACCAGUGUGGGUAUCUUUGUGGCUGGCAGGAAGACAACCCGAGCAAAUGGUGCUACUCGUUUUGUUCCGGGAUCGCAUCUUUGGGGCAUGGACAGAUGCCCGGACGAGGCAUUGUCUUACUAUGCUGAGCUGGAUCCGGGAGACGCGUUUAUAAUGCUUGCUUCAUGUUACCACGGUGGGAGUGCGAAUACCACUACGGAUCAAGAGAGGCUCGUGUACAGCUGUUUCAUGACCAAGGGAUUUCUUCGACAGGAGGAAAACCAGUACUUGGCAAACUCCCCCGAGCAGAUCAAACAGUAUCCCCGGGAUGUGCAGAGACUUAUUGGGUAUUCGGUGAGCAAGCCGUUUUUGGGCUGGGUUAACCUUGAUGAUCCUCUCAAGGGUUUGUAUGGCGAUGACUUUGAAGGGGAGGGAAUGCGGUGA